AUAAAAUAUGACAUGACAGAUCGUUCUGAUUUUAAACCAGACCAAACAAAAUGGUUGCAUACUUUACUCUUGUGAUCCUUGGAAUUUAUAUUGAGUAUUCAAUAGGGACUCCAACUUCGGACGCUGGUGACAUUACUCAACAAAUGGGUAUCUUACAGAGACAGUUUGGUCAUUUGAAUCAGGAUCUCAACGAGGUUAAACACAAACUAGACUCGACGACUAAACAGAACGUUAAAUUGAUGGAGAAGAUAAAUGCUUUAGAAAAGGAUAAUACAAAACUUCAUGUGAAAGUACAUUCGAUAUCAAAGAUAAAUGCAGCACUUUUAAAUAGAGUAAACGCAUUAGAAGAAGAGAACUAUGAUAUCAAAAAGACUAUACAUAACUUUCAAUUUCCAGAUUGGAACUUUGACACUUUAAGUGGGAAAGUCAAAACACCAACCAAAAAGGCCUUUUUGCAACCAGAAAAUGAUACCCUCGUUAACGAACAAUUGUAUAGUAAGAACGAAGAACCUAUAAGGAUGUUCCAAAAGUUAAAGAGUCCCAAGAUGCUGACGAGAAAUAAGCAUUUACAGAAAAGACUCCUUCAGAAUUCGUUUACGACAGCAUCACCAGCAAUCACUAGGGUAGCAUUUAGUGUUGCUUUAACUGGAGGACACGUCUUACUUGGGACGCAUCAGGUCAUUGAAUACAAUAAAGUCUAUACAAAUAUUGGGAACUCUUAUGACGUCAGACAUGGUCAUUUUAUCGUACCUACUACCGGCAUUUAUCUGUUAUCGUUUACCAUUAUGACCGCAACGGAUGUGACAGCAUACAUUGAAAUGGUAAAAAACGGCGUUCUGAUUUCGCAAGUGUAUAGUUCAAAUAAUAGAAAUGACAUGGACACCCAGACAACAGUACAUUCACUGCAGAGGGGCGACAUAGUCUGGAUUAGACAUGCAAAUGGAGGAACUCCUACCUUGAACGGAAGUGGUCCUUACAACACAUUUACUGGUGUAUUUCUUUAUGAUGUAUAAAACAUUAAGGUCCUUGUCUUGUUA